CUCGAGCCUGUUCGUUGAAGACUGUCAGCACUGCGCGGCGCUAAAGUCGGGCGAGCAGAUUGAUUUCAUGUAUUGUGAACUACAGAAAGCUUGUGGUGAUAGACGGUCUGUCCCUCUUCCUCUUCCUCGGGAUGAAUGGACUUAGCGUACACGGUUACUGUAGGUGUGCAUAGGCGGCCGCUCUAACCGUCUGUACGACUUUGUGUUUGUGUUUGUUUUGAAGAAGACCACGAUGCCGCAGACGUCGAGCAGUGACGAACUACCCGGGGAGAACAGCACGGUGGAUGUGCCUGAGGAGGGCGGGAGCGGUCUGUACUUCGCCGACGGCCGGCGGAAGGUGGACUACGUGUUGGUGUUCCAGUGCAGGAGGCGCUGGUCCCUCUACGGCUCCCCGGGCCAGCACCGCCUGUCCGUCAUCUCCAACGGCAGUUUCCACGGCCCGCCGGCCCUGCGCCGGGCAUCGCUGGUGAGCAAGGCGGAGUCGGACGCCCCCGAGCACGGCCGCGCCGACCCCCACGACGGCGAGAAGGUCCUCAUCCGCGAGGAGUUUGAGUCCAGUCUGCUGGAGGCCGGGCUGGAGAUCGAACGGGACAAGGAGAAGAGCCAGGGCCCGAGCUUCAUCCGGCUGCACGCCCCCUGGCCCGUGCUCUGCAGGGAGGCUGAGUUCCUCAAGGUCAAAGUGCCCACCAAGAAGAGCUACGAGCUGAAGCAGGAAAAGGGCUUAUCAGGCACCCUGAGCGCUGUCUGGAGGAAACUCAACCAGCCCUUCCAGCCCAACGUGCCACAGCCCCACGACCAGAGCCGCAUCAAGUACCUGUCCCACUCCUUCUCCCGGGACAAGCUGCACCUAUACAACAUCAAGCACAAGGACACCUUCUUCGACAACACAACGCGCAGUCGAAUAGUGUAUGAGAUCCUAAGGCGGACGUCGUGCACGCGGUCCUGCCAAACCAUGGGUAUCUCCACCUUAAUCGCCAAAGGCGUCUACACCUCCGCCUUCCCUCUGCACGACGGUGACUACAAGAGCAGUUCUGAGGAGGUGCAGAGGAAUGACAGACAGGUCCUGCACGACGAAUGGGCUCGAUACGGAGCCUUCUUCAAGUACCAGCCCGUCGACCUCAUCCGGAAGUACUUUGGGGAGAAGAUUGGCCUGUACUUCGCCUGGCUGGGAGUUUACACCCAGUUGCUCAUCCCAGCCUCGGUGGUGGGCAUCAUCGUCUUCUUCUACGGGUGUGCCACUGUGGACACCAACGUACCCAGCAUGGAGAUGUGUGACGAGCGGCAGAACUUCACCAUGUGUCCGCUGUGCGACCGGUCAUGUGACUACUGGCACCUGAGCACCGCCUGCAGCACGGCCCGCGCCAGCCACCUGUUCGACAACCCCGCCACCGUGUUCUUCGCCAUCUUCAUGUCCCUGUGGGCGGCCAUGUUCCAGGAGCACUGGAAGCGCAGGCAGAUCAGUCUGAACUACAGCUGGGACCUGGCAGGCCUGGAGGAGGAGGAGGAGCAUCCUCGACCCAAAUAUGAAACCCUCCUCCUGCAGAAGAGAAAGAAGAAGUGGAAGAAUAAAAAGAAGGGCAAGACUGAGUCGGAGGGCAGCUCGGAGGAGCGGGCGGAUGCUGGGAAGGAGAAGUGGAGGCAGCGGUUACUGUCGGCCAUGAGCGGGAUGCUGCCGCCAGGACAUGAGAAGCUAACAUGGAGAGAUCGGUUGCCUGGAUACUUCAUCAAUAUCUCCUCCAUUUUAUUGAUGUUUGCCGUGACGUUCUCGGCCGUGUUUGGCGUCAUCGUGUACCGGGUCACCACCUCGGCGCUGAUGGCCAUGAGCCCGGACCCCGAGGUCAAGUCCAACGUGCGCGUGACGGUCACCGCCACCGCCGUCAUCAUCAACCUGGUGCUCAUCCUCAUCCUGGACGAGAUCUACGGCAGCGUGGCCGUGUGGCUGACCGAGCUCGAGAUUCCCAAAACGGAGACGGACUUCGAGGAGCGUCUGAUCCUGAAGGCUUUCCUGCUCAAGUUCAUGAACGCCUACGCCCCCAUCUUCUACGUGGCCUUUUUCAAGGGAAGGUUCGCUGGCCGACCGGGGGACUACGUCUACGUCUUCAACGACUACCGCAUGGAGGAGUGCGCUCCAGGAGGCUGUCUGAUAGAGCUCUGUAUCCAGCUCAGCAUCAUCAUGCUGGGGAAGCAGCUGAUCCAGAACAACAUCUUUGAGAUUGGCAUCCCGAAGCUAAAGAAGCUGUUCCGCUCUCUGAAGGACAAAGGCUCGACCCCGGAGCAGACAGACGAGCAGCCUCAGCGCUGGCACCUGGACUACAGGCUGGAGCCGUUCCAGGGCCUGACCCCCGAGUACAUGGAGAUGAUUAUCCAGUUCGGGUUCGUCUCCCUCUUCGUGGCCUCCUUCCCCCUCGCCCCGCUCUUCGCUCUGCUCAACAACGUCAUCGAGAUCCGCCUCGACGCCAAGAAAUUCGUCACCGAGCUGCGACGCCCGGACGCCGUGCGGACCAAAGACAUCGGUAUCUGGUACAACAUUCUCAGUGGGAUGGGGAAGUUCUCCGUCAUCAUUAAUGCCUUUGUCAUCUCCUUCACCUCGGACUUCAUCCCGCGGCUGGUGUACCUGUACAUGUACAGUGAGACGGGCACCAUGCACGGCUUCAUCGACCACACGCUCUCCUACUUCAACGUCAGCGACUUCAGGGCCGGCACCGCCCCCAACUCCUCCCCGGAGGACCAGGAGGUGGCGUACUGCCGGUAUAAGGACUAUCGGGAGCCCCCCUGGUCCUCUCAGGCCUACCAGUUCUCCAAGCAGUACUGGUCCGUCCUGGCCGCCCGGCUCGCCUUCGUCAUCCUCUUCCAGAACCUGGUGAUGUUCCUGAGCAUGCUGGUGGACUGGGUGAUCCCGGACGUGCCCAAGGGCAUCAGUGAGCAGCUGAAACGGGAGAAGACCAUGCUGGUGGACGUCUUCCUGCGCGAGGAAAAGGACAAGAUCCAGCUCCUGCAGAACCUGUUCCUGAAGGACCCCGCGGGCCGGAGCCAGGGCAAGGGCCAGGGCCAGGGCCAGGGCCACGCCCCAGCCCCCCAGGAGGAGCGUCCCGCCGAGGCCGCCGCCCCCCGGACCCGCUGCCGCGCCGCCAGCUUCAGCCAGUUCAGCCGCCAGCCGUCGCCCGGGCAACCGGUCAAGCACACGGACGUGUGAGUGGGGUGUGUGUGUGUGUGUGUGUGUGU